CGGUCAUUGGAUAAUGAACAUAUUGAAACCUGACUUCUAAUAACUAUGGUCUAGAUUAUAUUCGAACACUUUGGUUUGCUUCAUAUUCGAAAUUCUGGGUAAUGUCAAAGAAAGCUAAACGUGCUUUGAAGUCAAUAGCGGAUUACUUAUUCCUAAGUAAAAGUGCACAUGGAAGCAUAUAUUCUAAAAACAGACACAAAGAAUUCGAAUAUGUUACAAAUUUACCUUUACAGAUGUUGUUUUAUUUCAACUCGCUCUAUUCCCCAUUUUGGUUUAUCGGAACGCUAAUGACACUCAUUAUAGAGUUCGAAUACUUAGACCCCGUUUAUAAAGUAAUUAAUACUGCCGUAUUCGUCUUAUACUCUGUUUUGGAAGGCCUUAGACUGUACCUUGGGUAUGCUGGAAAUUUGAUGGAGCUGGUAUUUCCAUAUGAUUCUUCUAACGUUUUCUUUAGGUCCCUGAACUAGCUGGAUCAUGGUUACUGACUAUUUUGAUACAACUUCCAGCUAUUUCUUUCAUGUUAUUCAACUGUGAUAUGAUUAUAUCAUCAUUUGAGAGAACUAUCCAUAUAAUUGAGUUUAUAAUGGUAGUCUUUGAGUCUUUGGUUGGAUUUUUUGUUCUAAAACUUAUGGUACAAUUGCAAGCCCUAAAGUUCCAUUCACAUUUACGCUCUCGUAAGAUUGAAAAUUUUGAAAACAAAUCUCUUGAAUAUCAGAUGUGAUUUUUGAUAAUAAAUUUCGCCUUUUUACUUGGUUAGUCUAGACUCAUCGUAAACGUUGUUUUGGUAUCUAAGUCCUAGAUUAGUGCGGAUUACUUCAUCAUCACUCAUUUUCAGUUACUUUACUGCAAGCAAUUAAGUGAAGCAUUUACUAAAAGUCCCGUUUUUUAAAAUCUGCAGUAACAGCACUGAAAGUAGCGCACGAGAUUGAAAUUUUUAGAUCUAUCGGAAACGUACCUUAGUAGCUACUAAUGAACCAGUGCUUGAAGGAUGUAGUGUAUUAAAAUUAAAAUACAAUGCACAAUGGUAGUGCGCAGAGAAAUUGUCAUUUCACAUAGACACCAAAUAGUAACGGUCUAUGGAUAAUUAAAAAAAGUCAACCAACGUUUACUGGUUCUUAAAAUAUUUCUACGAAGUAUCACUUUCUCCUUAAGUUGUUCAUUCUCAGGAGCCAAUUUUACCUUCUGAUGUAAAUCUUAUUUGUGGACCAGCAGACGAUAAAAUAUUUCUCCAUAUUGAUUCUUCAAAGUGAACAUUUCGAAAGAGUUUCAGAUUUUCGUCGGAGACUUUAAUUAUCAGAAGAAAAUCCACCUAAUCUAUAUAUCAUAAUUUAGGACGAAAAAUAUUCGUAAGUCAUCUUUUCCUUGAUCACAUAUUACGGAAAAAGUUUAGUUGCUCCUUAUAAAUGUUUUCAGAAGGUCCAGCUACCGGAUUGUCAUCUAAUUAUUCGGAAGUAUUAAAGUAGUGCUUAUUCUCGUAGGUUGGUUGACUGCUUAGAUCCGAUGGUCCAACACAAGAGACCAUCAUCGAGGCGUUUCAAGGUGUUUGUGGAUGACCGUAGUACUAAUAUGCGUUAUCGUUAUUAGUGCUGUAAUGUGGUUUCACACCGAAUCACAACUUGUAUCAACUGGACAGUAAUUUCAUACAGAUUGUGUGAUGGAUGGAAUGGUAGCUGCAACAAAUGUACAACGCUUUACUCUCAUUGAAAUCAAAUUUGCCAUAUUACUGAUUGGAAUACUGAAGCUGGCUUGUAGCUCAACUCUAUUUUUUUACGAGCACUAUCACUUCAACGAUAAAGACAGUAGAUCAUGUUCCUCCAUGGAAAUGUUGAUACUAAUUAUUUGGAUAGUAUGUGCAACCUGACGAUCAUUCGGAGACAAGAGGAAAUCCACCCUAAUUUUAUUCUAAAGUGACUAUUGAGCCGGAAAUGGUUAAUCGUCAAUGAAAAAUAGAUAGAUCAUUUUCGUACACAAACCGUUAUUAGAAAUGAGGAAUGGUGAAAUAAGGUCACCUCGUGAUCUGUCUUGAAACAAAUGGAAAUAUCUGAGAAUUUCAAUCACUUCUCAUAGCAGAGGUUUAAAAGUUCUGCUAUAAAAAACAGAAUGCUAACAUUUGAAUACACUACUGCGUCUCUGCAUCACUCUAAUGCAAAAAAAUUGAUGAUCUAGAUAACUUUUAUAACUUAUUUGGAAUUUUACAGUCAUAGGUUCAUGUAAUUUCAUUUUAAAUAGGUCUAUGUGUCUUAAGCUUGGGUAUUUCUCUUUUCUUUCCGAUUAUUGUAAAUGCAAGCCAGAUAAAAAAUUUGUUAUAAAGGAUAAUUUUUUGCUCAUAAACCUGAACAGGUGGUUAGCACCAGAGUUCAUGCUUCUGGUAUAUUUAUCAACGUAUACUGAUGUUGAU